AAUUACUUUGUCUUCCCUCUCUUCUUACAUCCUUCAGGGCACAUCGAAUCCAAGGAUGCCCAAAGUAUUUAGUAACGCAAUGAAACGAACUCGAGCUCAACAUCUCAAGCACAACUCGACUCACAGAACGCCAUGCAAAAAUGGAAACACCUUCAAAGUCUCGCUGAUAACUUGGAAGUAGUCAGUGCCUUGAAGACCUCACCAAGGAGGUUCGACCCGCCGCUUCUGGACCCUGUUUAAGGAUCAAUUGAAGUACAAAGGCACACGACCGUCUCAUUGCCUUUACAAUAUCCAACAGCCAGCCGAAAAUUUUUCAUCCUGAGAUGGACUCAUUCGAAUCAUGGAAUCUCAUCGUACUGAUCCACUCGAAUAAACGGCGAGAAAUACAAGGUUCAUUCUUGUUUGAGGAAAGAGAAAUGCUGGAGGUCUUCUGAGCUUUGUGUAUGGAUUCGGACGUGUUGUGGGUGACGGCGCCACCCUCCAGAACGGUGCAUUCAUCAUUUACCGACUAACAUCACACACGUCGAUGCUGUACGCUCGGUCCUUCAGUAUCCUACGGAACCAAGAUGGAUAUAUCUACACCAUCGAGACGCCGCCGCCACAACAGACAUACUGAAUGGAAAACGACUAGAUCGGAAGUUUGGAACCUUGUGUUCAUCACUGUUCAUUUGAUCUGUCUCAGUACCAGGUCAGACCAGGUCAGUCGAUCCCAGCUCACGAGGCACGGCUUUUCGGCUCUCUCCCGCUUUCACUGGGAUGUGACUACACAAGAAAUGGGGCACUUCCAGCUCGUUUGAUUGCCUCAAACUGGACUCGCCAACAAGGUCGAAAUUGCGGCAUCGCUGAUGUCCACCAACCAACCCCGAGGCCACCGGAACGGUACAAAAGGCUCAACAUUUUGGACAGACAAGUCCAACGCCCAUCUGCGUGAUCAUAGUAGUCAAUAUGAAGGCACCCCUCUUCGUUAUCCUGGCUGCUCUAUUGCCAUAUGCUUUGGCAGCACCAGCUCAGUCCGGGGAAAUGGUACAGACUCCAGGUGGAUUGCGUCCAAAGUCCAACGUCAUCCAGAUCCCCGAAGGUGGUGCAAUCAGCCUCACCGAGACCGAAAUCCAUCUACUCGAUGGAUCAAAAAGGAUCGUUCACGUUACUCCGAGAAGUGAGGCAAGAGUUGCGCGUGCCACAAACAGCACGGGGCCACCUCCCGAGCUAUCAGGAUGGAUUUCAUGGGCACAGUGGCGUCGCACUACUUCCCCUAUCCAAAACUUUGUCACAACAUGGGUUGUUCCACCUACUCCUAAAACCAAUAACCAUCAGCUGCUCUACCUCUUCAACGGUCUCGUACCUGAUAGUUCUACGGCCAUUCUACAGCCUGUCCUGCAAUGGGGUGUUUCUCCAGCAGGAGGUGGCCCCUACUGGACAGUUGCGGAUUGGUACGUUACUGAUACCACUGCGUACUGGUCCCAGCUGCAGAGUGUGUCCGUUGGACAAAGCUUGCAAGGCGUUAUCCAACGUUCUGCCCAGAACGCUGAUGGCACGUUCAACUAUGUCAGCGGGUUUACAGGCAGCCCUGGCGUUGCCCUCAGUAACUCUCCCGAGAUCACCUGGGCCUUUGAGACUUUGGAGGCGUACGGUGUUACCGCGGCUUCAGAUUAUCCUACUGGUUGUACCGUCUUUACGGGCAUUGGUAUAACGACGAGUAGUGGUGCGGCAGCUGUGUCGUGGAGUACCGUCAACGAUGAUGCUGACAGUAUUCACGCCACGAGUGGAAGUAAUGGGGAUGUCUCCAUCUGCUACCCAUUAGCAUGAGGGUUGUAGAUCAGUGGGCAUCCAGUAUGAGCCUUGAAGUUUCUACCUUUUCCCCCGCUUCAUAACUUAUGUAUGCCAGUCCUUUUUCUAUCGAAGAAGUUAUUUGUAUCCAGACAGUUAGAUCAAACCGUAUGCACGU